AAGUGUGUUGGGUGGAAUGUGAAGAGAUUGACGACUGUGCAUUUUGGGCAGUGAGAAAGUAACAUUUGUUGCCCAGCUUUCAAACAGCCUAGCAAAGUUGGUUGGUGGGUGUGCAUAGCCUAGGUGUGAAAGCCGCGCCUCACUUCACAAAAAAUAGGAACAGCUAUGGAACACAAACAGCAGAAAGUCCAAAGAAAAGUCAUUUAUUGUAUCCUGUGACUUUGAACGGUUUUAAUUGCAGCUAUGAGCGCCGAAGAAGACUCCCAGACUACGGAAAGUCCCCCAGCCAGCGAGAAUAUGCCUUUGAGUUUCCAGUCUCCACCGUCCGACGUUAACUUCGAGGAGCUACUGAAGUUCUUUGCAGUUGGUGUCAAAAUAGGUCCCACGUAUGAUCUGUUGCAGAUGCAAUGCAUCCAGUUGAUAAACCGAGACUAUGACACACUGGUCAUCGACGCUAAGGGAUCCCUAUGUUCUAGCUAUCCACGGCAAAUAAUCGUGCCGUGUGCUGAGAAAUACCCGCACCCAAGCUUUUCCUCUGUCAGUCCGGACUUGGCCAAGGCACUGAGUUCCGAGACCGACCUGCACAAUCUCUUCAUGACAUCCAAGCCAGCGAGGUGCCGCGAGCGCUUUGUCGUUCCCGUUUUCCUUUUCAACAAUAAGGUAGUAUGUAGGUCAGCAACUCUGUCCACCUACUUGGAAUCAGUUGGCCGCCAAGUGCUGAGUUCUGGCCGCCAAGUGCUGAGUUCUGUUACUGGGUCUGUGAGGCCUAGAACUUCUGAAGGCAGCGACAGUGUUGCCACAGAUUCAGAACCCCUGACAGUAGAGCGGGAGCAGGAGGAGGACGAGCAACAGCAACAGCAGCCGCCGACUCAGGCACAGGAGCUGCCAGAGCAGCAGGAAGUAGGGGACCAAGAGCCUAUGGCAGAACCCGCAGAGCCAGGACUAGAACCAGAGGAGGAACAGGUCCCUGCUGCAGUCGAUAAAAAGAACUUGCCUUUGGAUGCAUUUGCACGACAUUCUGAUGCUAGACUGAUGACCCACUUGAAUGUUGGUGAAAUCUUUGACUUGAUGGUGGAGGACAAGAAGGUCAAGUACAUGUUGUAUUGCAGCUCAUCUGAGAAAGUGGAUGAAUAUAAUCUGUAUUGCAAUUUCCACAUCAACUGCAUCCCAUACCCAGGUUGCGAGUAUUUCAAAGAAGUGGCACACAACAAAUUCAAUCCUGAGGGAAUGAUCUUCAACUGGGAGCAGCCUGCCGUCACGUCACAGUGUCAGAUCCCGUAUAAAUCAAACCUUGACAUUGACUGGUCUCAGUACAAGACGUGGGAUUUGGCGCAGCUGACGCAGAACUACCUUCUCUUAAUCCUGCACUGCCUAGCUGACAAGAAUUCUAGUGCCGGCGUGCUUGUACACUGCAUAUCUGGCUGGGAUCGUACCCCCAUGUUCAUUUGCUUGCUGCGUCUCUCACUAUGGGCGGAUGGCGCCAUACAUCAAUCACUAUGCGCUAGGGAGAUGCUGCUCCUGACCUUGGCAUAUGACUGGAUGUUGUUCGGUCAUCAAUUUCAAACAAGACUGGCGGCUGGAGAACCGAUAUUUUACUUUUGCUUCAACUUCUUGCGGUUCAUUGAAGAUGAGAGGUACUCGGUAAUCCCCAGUGACAAAGCUGAUGACAGCUCCAGGCAGACAAGAAAAGGGCGGCUAUCUGAGAUACGAGAGCUGUUCCUGAGUAUCUACCAGAAAGCAGAAUCACACGGUCAUUUCGCCCCCAGCCACUGGUCACUGGGUAAUGCCGUGUUGUCGUCUGUGCGCACUUACUUGCAAGUGUAGUUAUCUAAUGCACGGUGCGCGUAUCUGUGAAGAGUAUAGCUCUUAUGUUGCUGAUCUCUCCCUCACCCUACUCAAGUACAAACACGUAUCACUGUUUUUGUGUAUAGCACACGGCUAGUUUUGUUUUAGUCGAGAGUAGGAUGUCCUCCUGUCUCGGCACUCUGCAACUGCCUUGAUGGCAGUGCUGUUGCUGCUCUGUAGUAUAUGCACCGUUGUUACUUGUAGCGUGUUAGCUUGCUUGGUGCCGUCCUUGUUUCCGUAUCUCUAUUAUUCCCGUGCAUGUAUUGCUGCUUAUCUGUAGCUGCCAUAUAUUCUUUUCAGUUCUCACCAGUCCACCAGUACUGGUGCUGUGUGCACCUGUACUGGUGCUGUGUGUACUUGAAGUAGGUGUGUAAUGUGUGUAAGACAAUUCUUUCCAGCCUUUGGCCUCACCCUGUCUAGUUUUUACCUCUGGCCUUUGAACACCGAUGUCACCAUACCAUAAUUAUAAUCUGUACAUACUUGUGAUGAAAAUCACUGCAGCCCCGCAUUGCUUGCUAGAUCACUGCAGCCCCGUAUUGCUUGCUAGAUCACCGUGGAUAUUAUUUCAUUCACACGCACAGGUUUAGUCUCAUUAAAUUAUACUUACCUCAGGUGGCUUGUCAAGGAUUCCAAGGUGUUUGGGAAACAAGUACCGACUCAAUUUUCUUUCCCUAAAAUAGCAAAACGCAAUCUUUGUAUCUGUUUAAUUUUUUUACCUGUUUUCAUCGUAUUUCAUUUCUUAUUCUUGACAGUAUAGUUGUGAUGAUUAUUCUAUCUGCUA